AUGUCAAACCAAUACACUGUGCUUCCACAAGUUCCUUAUUACACCCCAGUUCAACCACAAUCAUUUAUUCAACCACCACCAUUAAUCCAACCACCACCAUUUAUUCAACCACCACCAUUUAUUCAACCACCACCAUUUAUUCAACCACCACCAUUUAUUCAACCACAACCAUUUAUUCAACCACAACCAUUAGUUCAAUCUAUCCCUGAGCAACAACCAAAGAAAGAAAAUAACGAUUGUCAAGGGGCAACUAUUCUUUUUAUCUUAGGGUUCUUUAUUUGUUUAACUUGGAUAGCUUGUUAUUGCAUUUAUAAAAAUUCAUCUGAUUCACUUGCUAAAGUAUUUGCUAGAAUUUCUUUAGUUUUUUCCAUUCUCUAUGUCUUAUUUGUUUGUGGUUUCAUUGGCAUUUAUAUUGUACUGGUCGUCUCUAUCUUUUCUACUAUACCUCAAAUGCCAUAA